CCUAGUCGAACUGCCCAGCGCCAGCGCCGCUGCCAUCAACCCUGUCGGCCUACAGCAGAGCAGCUCGACGACAGCUCGCGUCUUUUUAGCAGAGCACAGUCUCGCGGCAAUCUGACCCGCUAGCUUAUACACACUUGCGUCAUCAAGAUCUGUCUACUCGCUCGGGGCAGCUUCAGGUCGACUUGCACCCUUGCAUACGAUCCAGAGCUCUUGUACAGCUCGAGCGCGGCUGCCCCAACUCGGCAAGCACUCCAGAGUAGCACAGCCGCGCUUUGACACGCGUCGCGAGGGGCCUUGCACCACGCUUGCAAGCCAGUGACGAGCCUCAGAAUCUCUCCACACGACGCAACAGCAGCAGCCUCGAACUCGGUCCCAAGCUCAGGCAAGAAGAAAUCAGCGCGCUUCAGCAGGAGCUAGGAGAUGCAAGACCAGAGGGAGCACAGUAUGAGCAAUGGCUCGCUGUCCGCUGAGCAUGCUGCUUUGUCGCCCAUUCCAAACAGCCAGUCUCAUGCCAGCAUGCCAAAUGGCAAACCGCCAGGCUCACCAGGCCCAGCAGUCGUACGAAAGAAACUGAUGGGCUAUGUCGGAUUCGCGAACCUGCCGAACCAGGUACAUCGUCAAUCCGUGCGAAAAGGGUUUCAGUUCACUUGCAUGGUCGUCGGCGAGUCUGGUCUCGGCAAAUCGACUCUCGUGAACACGCUCUUCAAUACGUCGCUCUAUGCAAAGAAGCAACCCCUUCCUCCUCAUGCAGAGAGGCCAAAGACUAUCGCGAUCGAAAGCAUCUCAGCAGAUAUUGAGGAGAACGGCGUCAAGCUGAGACUGACAGUAGUAGAUACACCUGGUUUCGGCGACUUUGUGAAUAACAGCGAAUGCUGGAAGCCUGUAUUAGACAACAUCGAAGCGAGAUUCGAUGCCUACCUAGAGCAAGAGAACCGCGUCAACCGAGCAAAGAUGGUCGACAACCGCGUGCACGCGUGCAUCUACUUUAUCGAGCCCACCGGUCAUGCCUUGAAGCCCAUCGAUGUCGAGUUUCUGCGGAGAUUGCACAAUCGAGUCAACAUCAUUCCCGUCAUCGCGAAAGCAGACACGAUGACAGAUGACGAGAUCGCCUCCUUCAAGCAACGCAUACUCGCGGAUCUUGCUCAUCAUGGCAUACAAACUUUUGUUGCGCCGCAGUACGAUCAAGAAGACGAAGAGACCAUUGCAGAGAACACAGAGAUAAUGAGCAAGAUCCCAUUCGCGGUCGUGGGAUCAGAUCAAGAAGUAAUGGGUCCGGACGGCAAACCGGUCCGAGGACGACAGUAUCCUUGGGGCUUGAUCGACGUUGACAAUGAGGAUCAUUGCGAUUUCGUCAAACUUCGCCAAAUGCUCAUCAGAACGCACAUGGAAGAGCUCAAAGAGCACACCAACAUGGCCCUUUACGAGCAGUACAGAUCAGAAAAGCUACUCGGCAUGGGCGUUACGCAAGAUCGUUCCGUCUUCAAGGAGAUCAAUCCGGCUGCAAAAAUCGCCGAAGAACGAUCGCUGCACGAUUCAAAGCUGUCCAAGAUGGAAGCAGAGAUGAAGAUGGUGUUUCAACAAAAAGUGCACGAAAAGGAAGCGAAACUCAAGCAGUCCGAAGAGGAGCUCUAUGCGCGCCAUCGCGAGAUGAAAGACGCGCUCGAGAAGCAACGCCUCGAUCUGCUAGAGAAGAAGAGUCGCCUCGAGUCCGGACGUCCUCUGACGCCCGAGAAGACGAAGAAGAAAGGUUUCCUCAGGCAACAAUGAUCGCACUGUAUCGCGUACCCAGCAGCAACCUAAUGAACGUCAUGAUGGCAUGUACGAAAAUCCUCGCAAGAGACGAGCGGUGUAUUCCCGCGUUCAUGACCGUUGCGUGCAAGCUUUUGUCAUUCAUAGAGCAUACAAACAACGAUGCGUGAAUUUCGUGCACAACAUGCUACAUGUGGUGAUCUGCAC